UUACAAACUGCCACAUGCCAGGCCACCGGCAUUUCUGCACAUAUCCAGGUAUUGUAUAAAAACUUGCUCUUUGAAAUCAGGAGCAUUGAGACAUCUUGAUUCUAUGUAACAGGAGGAGUUAAAUAUCACCAUGGCAGGAGAAGACGUUAAAAUAGUAAUCUCCCCUGCUGAGAAUAUUCCCCAGGGUAAACUGGACUCUAGUGAUCAGGUAAAAAUGAUCGUGCAGAGGAGUGGAGCUAAAGGUUGCGUAUCAGUAUCCCAUAAUCCCUCUGUCCAAGUGUAUUUUGCGCUGCGGAGGAAAAUCGAGCAGAGUGACGAUGAUUGGUUGGAUGAAUUUCUGCGACUGGAUGGCCUGGAAAGUCUGCUGGAUUCGUUGUGUCACAUGACUGGGAAGGCGUUUACAAACUUCUCUGAUGCUAUCCUUAUGUUAGACUGUGUCUGUUGUAUUCGAUCAGUGCUAAAUAGACAGAUCGGCCUGGAGUUUGUCCUACAGCAGGAAGGGGAGGGAAGCCUUACUAGAAAGUUGAUAACAGCACUGGAUUCUGGAAACACUCUACCCAAGAAGCAGGUGUUUGAGAUGCUGGCUGUGAUCUGUGUGUAUGGCAACAGAGGUUAUCGUGUUGUACAGGAUGCCCUGCGACAUUUCAAAAAAGUGACAAACCAAUCCCAUGUCUUCAGUGCAAUUGUGAAUGAGCUGAAAGAUGCAGACACCAUUCCAUACAAGACAGCCAUCCUUACCCUGAUCAACUGUGUCAUCAUGGGUACCUCAGAUCUGGUGGACAGGUGUCGUGUCAGGACAGAGUUUGAAGGUCUCCAGCUGUUGGACGUGCUGAACUUCUUGAGGAAGGAAGAUUCUGAUGAGGACCUGUCUAUACAGCUGGAGAAAUUCCACGUGCACAAACACCGUGAUGAGGAGGAGCUAGAGAGACGCACUAGGGUGAACAUGACAGAUCCACACCAGCUGGUCAAGGAGGUCAUGAAGAAGAUCUUUGCCACCCCAAAGGAAGCCUGUCUGGUCCAAAUUCUACAGGAUCUUCUGUUUUUGUCAUCCUCAUCGUCAUCUGAAGAUAGCGAGGAAAGUGAUGCCGUCUGGAACACCCUGAAAAAGACUGUCCACCAUUUGGCCACUGACAAGCACAGGAGCAACUUCACAGUGGAUCCUCGGCAUGGGGAGAUAAUUCAGUCUGGCAACUCUCCUUCCCAUACAUGCAGUUGUCAACAGGACAAAACACUGUCUUUCAGAGAAGAGUCCAAUAAAUUAUUAGCGAGUCAGGUGGUGACUAGAGCAAGAAAACUGUUUGAGCGGUCGUCUGAGCCCGAGGAGAUGGUUGGGGUAGUCAUCAAGAAUAGGGGGCGUAUUAACCGUUACCAGUCAUCAGUCCGUCCCCCGUACACACGCGUUAAGACACUCAGAUGGGUCCCCUUGUUCCAGGAAGAUAUGGAAGUUGUUGAUGUCUGUUUAUUGUCUGUGUUCAUGUUCUCCCUGCCCCUGAACCCUCUUACCUCCCUGCCCCUGAACCCUCUAACCUCCCUGCCCCUGAACCCUCUAACCUCCCUGCCCCUGAACCCUCUAACCUCCCUGCCCCUGAACCCUCUAAACUCCCCACCCAUGAACCCUCUAACCUCCCUGCCCCUGAACCCUCUAACAUCCCUGCCCGUGAACCCUCUAACCUCCCUGCCCCUGAACCCUCUAACAUCCCUGCCUCUAACCUCCCUGCCCCUGAACCCUCUAACCUCCCUGCCCCUGAACACUCUAACCACCCCGCCCAUGAACCCUCUAACCUCCCUGCCCCUGAACCCUCUAACCUCCCCGCCCAUGAACCCUCUAAUCCCCCCGCCCUUGAACCCUCUAACCUCCCCGCCCUUGAACCCUCUAACCUCCCCGCCCUUGAACCCUCUAACCUCCUCGCCCCUGAACCCUCUUACCUCCCUGCCCCUGAACCCUCUAACCUCCCUGCCCCUGAACCCUCUAACCUCCCCGCCCAUGAACCCUCUAACCUCCCUGCCCCUGAACCCUCUAACCUCCCUGCCCAUGAACCCUCUAACCUCCCUGCCCCUGAACCCUCUAAACUCCCCGCCCAUGAACCCUCUAACCUCCCUGCCCCUGAACCCUCUAACAUCCCUGCCCGUGAACCCUCUAACCUCCCUGCCCCUGAACCCUCUAACCUCCCUGCCUCUAAACUCCCCGCCCAUGAACCCUCUAACCUCCCUGCCCCUGAACCCUCUAACCUCCCCGUCUGAUGCCUGCACUCUAUGGGACAGGGAAGAGGCUCGCUCUGGUCUUGCCCCCGAUGUUUGUGACCUGGAGACCAUGUUUGCUGAGACAGGGAGCAGUUUCAGGGACUUUGAGGAGAUCCAGCUGCUAGAACCAUCGACACGCCUCCAGCUGAAUCUGUUCCUGGAGCGCCUGGACACUGGGGUAGAUGACCUGGUGCGCAGUCUGGAGAGAGAGGAUCCCCUUCCCAUCAACCUCACAGGGCUGAAGUGUCUGGCUCAAGUCCUACCAUGUAGCAACGAGGUUUCUGCCGUGAGAAAAUACACUGGUAAUCAACAGAGCCUGGGAAUGGCGGAACAGUUCCUCCUCUACCUCUCUAACGUCAGCCAUUACAGAGUUCUGCUGGAGGGUCACCUGACCAGGGCUGAAUUUACCUCCAGUCUCAAUAAACUGAAGAGCUCCCUUAAAGCCCAGACUGAAGCCUGUCAGGAAAUUUUGGAGAACGUUUCACUGGCAAAAUUCUUACACCUGAUUCUUGACGUGGGCAAUUUUCUUAAUCAUGAUAAAUUCAACGGAAAUGCCUGUGGGUUUAAACUGGAGACAUUGGCUCGUCUGAAUCAUGUGCGGUCAAACGUACCAAACAAAACUCUGCUACACUUUAUCGUGAAGAUGAGUGAGGAUAGAGAUGACACCAUCCUACAAUUCCUUAAUGACCUUUCUCACCUGGAGAAAGCUUCCAGGAUGUCUCUGGAGGACAUGAAGACGGAGGUUAACGAGAUGAACACCCGACUGAGGAAGCUGGUCCAGAAUCUGGCGAAGGCCUCCACCCAUGUCAGGAACGUGUUUGAGUUCUUCCUGGAGGAUGUGCGCCAGGACUUUGCUAACUUUCAGUCUGACAUCAACAGCCUGCGUCAGCUGUCACACAAGGUGGCAGUGUAUUUCUGCGAGGAUGAGCUGGACUUCUCCCUCCAGGACUGCUUCGUCUGUCUGCUCCACUUCUGUAAGCAGGUCAAGAAGUGCAAAGAGGAGAACAUGCUGUUUGGGCGUCAGCAGAGACUAGCCGUGGGAAGAAUGAGUCAACUGAAGACGCACGUCAACAAGAGGAGGGUGUCCCUGGAGUUUGGCAGAGAGGCAGUGGCCAGCUCUUCAUUUGUGGAGGAUAAAGGACAGGUGUUGGAGAACUUGCUGACAGAAAUUCACCGUGGUAACUAUUGCCCUUUGACCCCACCUGACCUCACGACCCCUGACAGGGAGAACAUGACCUUUGACCUUGACUUGGAUUGUCUCAGCCCUAUUCACCAGGUGGGCAGUCCCUUCAAGCUGGGUGAGACCUUACCCCCUAUAGCCAGUGUGGAGACGCUUAAUGACUUCACCCUAGUCAAUCAGGACAACCAGCAGGAUGUCACAGUGUACGAUGUUCUGGGGGAGUACCAACAGCCUGUUGACUGUGCCCUGCAGAGGUCCAUCCCUCUAGACCCUCAGCACUACAGCCGUCCCACAACGCUAAACCUCAAGCCAACCAGGCCUGAUAUAGUGAUGACCCACCCAGAACCACCACCCCCUCCCAUACCAGCCUUCCCCCCACCCACUAAGCUGGAGAGCGUUAGGCCUGUCAAAACCCACCAUCGCAGCCGCAGCGAUCUGCUUGAGGUGUCGACUGUCGCUGAGAAAUGGGUCAUGUACGAGAAGGGGAGACUGGCUACUGCCUCUGGUGAUCAAGCGCCUGCUAAGUCGAAGGGAGACAACUCCCGCCACAGCGCCAUCUACUCCAUGGAUCUGGAGGAUAAAGGAGCCCUGAAGGAUGAGGAUGAUAUCUACCUUCCUCCUGGGCCAGUUGUGGUUCUACCAGGCCAAGAACCCUUCAAGAGAACCAAGGCCAGGUCCUCACUCAGAAACUUCAUCAACAAGAUCUCUGGUGGGAAGAACAAGAACGGAAGCGGAAAAGACAAAGGCAAGAAGAAAGACGACGGCAGAAAGGUGACGGUCGGAGAGUACAUGAAGUCAGACAAGGAAAAUACUGUAGUCUCUGCCAAAAUGUCUGGAUCACAGCGCCCAAAGAAGGACAACAUUCUAAGGAUGAGGAAUAAGUAGGUUGUAAGUUUGAAAAGGACUAAAUCACAUUACUAAAUGUCCUUGUUCUUUGCAGGUAUAAUCUGGUUUUGUCAUCCCUUUGUUCUGGUCACAGCGUCUCUGGUGGCAGUUUAAUACCCUUCUGAGGUAAACCCUUAUUGCAGUAACAGCAGUAUUACUGGACAGCCUUCAGGUGAUUGGUGGUGCCUGCCAGAAUGGAAGCAGGACCCUUGUGAACCUAGUAGUGAAGUGUAGUCUUAUUUGAUACCAGUAUAUAUCACCUGUCAAUAUACAAAUUUUGGUAAAUGGUCUUUGAAGUACUUUUCAUAGUUUCAUGAAACAACAUCUUUGAAGAACUUGUGAAAGCCUUGUAAAGUCAUAAAUGUGUAUUUUGUCAUGAUUUUUUAUCUUCUAAAUUUUUUUUGGUGGAAAGUAUACAAAAGGUAUAAUAUAAUCAUUUUCCGUUGUUGUUGUACUGAUAGCAAAGGAGAAUUUUCCCUAUAAACCACAUCGGGAUAGAUCUAAAAAAAGAAGAACCUUUUAUUCUGAGGAAGACAAUUGUAAAAAAAGUUAUCAGGAGUGUUUCUGGGUAUGUUUUAGAGCAGCCCUUUUAGCUACGACUCAGAAACUCAAUAUAAGUUUUUUCUUAUCUCAUUUUUCACAUGGCCUAUAUUUGGGGCCUGAGCACAAAACAACAAAUAACAUUCUACUAAUCUGUGCUUGUCUGUUUUAGCUGAGGUAAAUUUAUGUACUUAUGUUUACAUGUUACCAGACGACUAAAAGAUCGAAACAUUAGGGUGAUAUCAUGAUGCCUGAUUGACAUCAGGUUGCACUUGUGAAACCAAAAAAUGUGACAAACUAAUAUGUGUUCAUCAGUCAGUGAAUAUUAGUUUAUUUUAUGAUCAUUGAGUUUAUGUGACAUAAAAUAUGUUCAUCAAUCAGUAAAUAUUACAGUUUAUUUUGUGAUCAUGGAGUUUAUGAGACAUAAAAUGUGU